UGUGAGAAAUCGCAAAUGAGUUUUUUUGUAGUUUUCCAAUAAAAAAAGCGCAUAAAACGAGGAUGUACCGCGUCCUAAAUCUGCGGAAACCGACACAAAUCAGUGUUAAAGUGUUGUCACAUCGCAGCAUCAACGAGUACAACGCCAAUCACGACAGAUAUUUCUCGAGCUUUGGUUCCUCUUCGGGUUUACAUAAUCAAAACAAUGCGGCUGGAUUGUUGGUAGGGCAUGGACCUGUUCUUGUGCCAUCGGCGUCACUUUCGACCGUCAGCAAGGCCUAUGCCAUCCUGCAAAAAGCCAAAAAAUGGAAAAAAAUGAAACGAAAGGGAAAUUUCACAGAAUUACUUCAAGUGACACCCGCAUCAACGACCGAGACAAAAACCUCCGUGAAGAAUCUCAAAGCGACCCAAUUGCACGAUUUUAUCGUAUCGCAAGGGGUGACAGUCGAUGCUGCAACGCCAAAAAAUCCCGAAUCCCUCAGAAAAAGUGAAUACCAAAAAAUUCCCAUCCAAAUGAUCGACAAAUCGGAGCUUUUGGAAGAUGAAACUGUCGUUUUUGUCGAUGACAAAGUGAGGAAAAUGGAGUUGUCGCCGGAAACGUUGCAGGAAAUUAUCGAGUCGUAUCAAACGCAUAAAGAGGAAAUUUUGCCGGAGGAUUUGGAACCAGCUGCGUUCGAUUAUGGGGAUGAACUUGCCUUGGCAACGCCAGAAAUCGACACGGAAAUGCUGCUGCCGGAGAAAGUAGAGAAGAAAAAAAUUAAGAAGAAGAAGGAAAAAGUUUUUCAGUCGAAAUUCUAUCGAUCGCCGGAAGAAGAGUUGCAACACAAAGCCAAAUCGCUGAGUGAUAGCCUUUAUGCGUAUGUGCAAGUUUGUAUUUCCACGGGAAUGGUUAACAGAGCGCUGAAAAUGGUGCUGAAUUGGUAUCAUUCGCAGCAAAAAGGCGAGAUGAAGAAAACUAUUCUUAAUAUUAAGUUGUAUAAUGUGUUGUUGUCGGGAUUAGCGCAAAAAGGAAAUUUGCAACGCGUAAAAGAAAUAAUGACUUGCCUUCGAGAGGACAACGUAAAAUGCACUCCCGAAACAUAUGCAUAUGCCCUCGAAUGCCUUGGUCGUCAAGAACUGACUCCAGAAAUCCUGGAAGAGCUCAAAAGUGUCCUUGAACAAGCCUCCGGCGACGGCAUCGACCCCAACAUGAUCAUGAACAAGACGAAAUUCACCUAUGACAAGCGCGAAAUUGUCCAAAGUGCCAUUCAAGCAGUGCUUCCCGACUUCCAGCCUUCUUAUACGCCUCCACAUUUUUACUACAACAACGUUUUGUUGGAUCAUCUGAACGAACAAGUGAUUGAUGUUGCCACCAAAGUGCCUCGUGAUGCGAAAAUCGACGGUUCUGAAGUCAUGGAGCCCAAACGAGGCUUUACUUAUGACGAACUGAUGGCAUUUGCCAACGAACAACUCGAAAUCGAGAUGGCUGGUUAUGUAAAAAUCAAAAAUAUUGCCAAAGAUUCUGAUGCGGUGACGCCCCAAGUGGAGGAAUAUCGCGCCAAAUGGGACGAAUUGAACCAAAUGUGGCGCGAAAAACUCACGGAAGGCAUUAAACGGGACUUUACGUCGAUUAAGGCGUCGAUGCAUUCGCAAAAUGGACGACAUAUGAACCUUUUUCCGUAUUUGAAGACUUUGGAUGUGGCGCAAUUCACGGAAAUUCUGAUGCGAGAGGUCCACAGACUCAGUGAAGGCUCGGAAAGUUUCAGUGCGCCUCUCGUGACACUUUAUCACAAUUUAGGCAAGAAAAUCCAGACUUUAUAUCAAGUCGAACAGAAAAAACGGAAUGGAGUGUUGAAUAAAAUGCGAGAUACGUACGAAAAUUACUGCGAAAUCCUCGCUGACGGGCAAAGUAGCGACAAUCCGCGUCAAUUAUGGCAACGAAUAGUCCAUCAGAGUCGUCAUGAAGGUCCCAGUUUGGAUAUUGUCGAGAAAUCGUGGCCACAAAAUGUCCGGUUGGAAGUCGGAAAAUUCUUUUACAACAUUUUGAUGCGCGAUUUGAAGCUCGACGUGAAUUGUUUGCGGAAAAAUGUGACGACGAAAAAUUAUUUACCGGCUUUUUAUACGAUUUAUCGGUAUCAUGGGUACCAUCUUGUGCAGGAGAUUAAGCCGAAUCCAGUAUUAGUCAAGUUGCUGCGUGGCUCGAUGCAGGACACACUGAUAAUGGAUGCGAAUAUGGUGCCGAUGGUAAGUCCGCCGCAACCCUGGUCUUCGCAAAAUCACGGAGGGUAUUUGCUGAUGAAAAGUGAUUUUUUGCGAUUGCAAACGCAAGCGGUGCAGCAAUUGCAACGGAUGGACGAGACGAAGGAGGAGAAUUUGUAUCCGGCGAUAGACUCGAUUAAUCAGCUGCAAAGUGUUCCGUGGAAAGUUAAUGAAGAUAUUCUCGACGUAAUUUUGGAAGUGUUCAAAAAUGGCGGAAGUGAUAAAUUAAAUGUCCCGCCUCCCCCAUCAACUUUAGCACCCCCGCCCGAUCUCGACAAAUCCGACGCCACAAAAGAGGAAAAAAUCCAACAUUUCAAAGACAAAAUGAUGUUCAAGCGACGUCAAGCCGAAAUGUACAGUCUUUGGUGUGAUGCCUUAUACCGUUUAUCCUUAGCCAAUCACUUCCGCAAAAAAGUUUUUUGGCUUCCACACAACUUGGAUUUCCGUGGGCGAGCGUAUUCCAUUCCGCCGCACUUGAAUCACUUGGGCAGCGAUCUGGCACGUUGCCUGCUUGUCUUUCACCAAAAGAAACCCUUGGGUCCCGACGGGUUCGCGUGGCUCAAAUUGCACUGCAUCAACCUGACGGGCCUCAAGAAACGCGAUUCGGUGCAGGAACGCUUGUUGUUUGCCGAAGAAAUAAUGGACGAGAUUCUCGAUUCAGCUGAUAAUCCGCUAAAUGGGCGCAUGUGGUGGACAAAAUCCGACGAACCGUGGCAAACGUUGUCGGCAUGUCAGGAAAUUGCGAAAGUUCUUCGUAGCGGUGACCCGGAAAAUUACCUGAGCUCGUACCCGAUUCAUCAGGAUGGCUCGUGUAACGGAUUGCAGCAUUACGCUGCCUUGGGACGUGACUCAAUUGGUGCUUAUAGCGUUAAUUUGGCGCCAUGUGAUGUUCCGCAGGACGUUUACAGUGCCGUUGCUGCCUUAGUUGAGAAGAUGCGAGCACAAGAAGCAGCCACAAAACCCAUUGCCAAAGUCCUCGAAGGCUUUAUUCGGCGAAAAGUUGUCAAACAAACUGUCAUGACGACCGUUUAUGGCGUCACACGGUUCGGCGCGCGCCUUCAAAUUGCCAAGCGACUGAAGGAAAUUGACGAUUUUCCGCAGGAACACGUUUGGGAGGCCUCGAAUUACCUCACGACAAAAACGCUCGAAAGUUUGCGCGAGAUGUUUACGUCCGCCAAGGAGAUUCAAGACUGGUUCACGGAUUGCGCGAAGCACAUUUCGACGACAAAAGCGGAAAAUAUCGAAUGGGUGACGCCUUUAGGGCUUCCAGUGGUGCAACCGUACACGAGAAGCAAAAAACCCACAAAAGACAAACAAAGCAUGGAUAUUUACGAGAAACCGAACACGAUGAAGCAGAAAAAUGCCUUUCCGCCGAAUUUUAUUCACUCUCUGGAUUCGAGCCACAUGAUGCUGACGUCGAUGCAUUGCGAACGAGCCGGUCUUACGUUCAUUUCGGUGCACGAUUGCUUCUGGACUCAUGCUUGUAAUGUCCCAACGAUGAAUAAAAUUACUCGAGAGCAAUUUGUGGCUUUACACUCGCAGCCAAUCCUUGAAGAACUCUCAAAAUUCAUGAUUCAGAAGUACAGCUACAAUGAAAGUGAAUUCGCUCACAACGGAUCAAAAGAAGACAUUGCCAAAACGAAGAUGAACCUAAGUCUCAAGCAAGUUCCGAAAAAGGGCGAUUUCGACUUAACCAACGUGCUAAAGUCUGUUUAUUUCUUCAGUUAAAAUGCAAAAUUUGCGAAUUAAUCGACUGAUUAUUUUUAUUUACCACUACGAAACCUCGUCCGUUACUAAUAAGAAUAACUUCAGCAAUAAAUAUUGAAAUAGCUUUUUUAGAGGUAGCACCUACUUAGUUGACUAGUCAGUACAUACCAGUUUUAGGCGAAAGUGAUAAGUGAGAGUUAAGGAAAUUUAAAUUUAAAUAUUAUUGAAUAAAGAAUUGAAUUUCGAAGAAAAUGACAAGUUUUGAUUUUUUUUCAAGCAAUAGACGAAAAUGUUUCAAAUUUUUAGGUUUAAUAUUGUCUUAAAAAAAUAUGAGAAAGAACUUUUAGUGAAUU